GUUAGUCACUCAGUGAUGUGAGCAACGAAACACGUGAUUAAAAUUAAUUAAUUAAAGUUAAUUUAAUAAUUACUUCAAAAACAAUGAUUGACUUUAUUUUAAAUUUAUUUUUCACCAAAAUUCAAUCAGCAUAAUAAGGAAAAAAAAACAAAAAAUAAAUGUGAUAAAAAAGAAAAAAUGUCUUGAAAGUGAUUAGGAAGACAGAUUAUAAAAUCUCCAAUAUAAGAAAAAUACUUCCAAUUGUUUCAGUAAAAAUAUUUUUUAUCAAAAUAUCACAGUGAUCUUGUGAAGUCUGUUAUCUACGUAAUACUCGGCAUUUUUAAAAAAGAUAUUUUUAAGUGAGCAAUUUAAUAAGUUAAUUAAAGAUAAACGUGAUGAAAGUAACAAUAAAAAAAGUUUCUUUCUGGUUGAAAGCUAAAUUAUUUAUUCUCUGUUUUGUGUAUGGUUUUUAUUUUAUCCUAAAACGUUUAGUAAAGUGGGCUUGGAAUCCGAAAAAAUUUUUCGAUAUGAGACAGAGAGAUAAACCACCACUUUGUCUUGUUGAUAAUAGUCUUGGUAAACAUUCAUAUGUAAAAUUAAAGGGUAUAAAGUUCCAUUAUGUGGAAGCUGGAGAAAUGAAUAAACCACUUGUAUUAUUAUUGCACGGUUUUCCUGACUGCUGGUUAUCUUGGAGAGAACAAUUACCAAUUUUAUCCGAGCAUUAUAGGGUUAUUGCAUUAGAUUUAAAAGGGUUUGGAGAUAGUGAUAAACCCACCAACAGACGAUCGUAUAAGAUAGAAAUCUUAAUAAAUGAACUACAUCAGUUUAUAUCGACGCUUGGAGUUGCUAAAUGCAAUAUUAUUGGCCAUGAUCUUGGUGGUCUCUUGGGAUGGUUUAUGAUAGGCCUUCACAGUGAUAUCGUUGAUAAAUUCAUUGCUAUUUCUAGCCCACAUCCUAAUUUUUAUUGGAUGGAAAUGGCCAAGAAUAACAUAUUUAACAACAAAUGGAUACAUUUUAGUAGACUACCUUUUUUACCAGAAAUGGAUGCUCUGAAGGAAGACCUUUCUGUUAUCAACGAUACUUUUAAGCAUCUGGAGAUAAACCAGAAAAGAGAGGAAAAUUAUGUUGAAGCUUAUAAAUAUGCAUUCAGCAGAAGUGAGGAUUGGACAGGGCCAAUAAAUUACUAUCGAAAUUUACCAUUUGUUCGAUUAAACUCAAGCGAAUGUUUCAACAACCAAACACUAUUGAUUGUUGGUAACCUAGACUCUGGUGUAUCGCUUGAAAGUAUUAUUCAAAGUUCAGAAUACGUCGACAGGUUUACUAUUAAAGUUAUUACAGGUGCUCGUCAUUUUCCGCACCAAGAAAAGCCUAAUGUCGUGAAUCAAAUAAUACUGAAUUUCCUUUUAGGUCCACCAACCAUCAAUGAUAAAGGAUCAAGAAAGGGAAUUGUUUCUACAUGGCUAGGUUCCUUAAGCAGUACAGUUAAAUAUGGGAAUCAAGUAUUUGAUGCAGUCCAUAAAAGAACAAAUGGUGUUCUCGUAAAAUGAUAAGGCUAAUUUCGAAUGCUAGUAAUAAUUGUUCUGAAAAUAUUUUUAUCUGUUUCCUCAUCGUACAAUUAAUAAUAAACAAUUUAUUUAGGAUAAAUUACGCAAUAAAAUACUUGAGUAAAUAAAA